AUGCGAAGACACUUGGCUACCAACAAGGAAAAACAAAUAUAUGGGAAUGAUGCAGACUAUCUUGCUCUGGAUAAAAACAGGAAGCGAGUGUACGCGUACGAGGGAUGGGGAACAGUUAAUGCCAUAAUUGAAAUGGAUUACGAUGGCCGUAACAUCAAUCAAACAACUAAUUAUGGUUCAGCUGUUCUUAGUGGACGGAUGUCAGUGGACGUUGUUGGAGAUUUUCUUUACUGGAAAGAAAGAAGUUCACCCAUUGUCAUAAAAAUGAAUGUCACCAGCAAAGAUAUAUCUCGUUAUAUUCCGUUACCAAAAGGCUUCGUCGGGAUAAAGCUUCUCGUCGUAGACAAAGAUCGACAACCUGAAGGUGGAUGCCAAAAUAUUUCAUGUCGUCACGGCUACUGUUUGAAUAUUAAUGGUACUGAUAAAUGUCAUUGUGAUAAUGGCUCUAAAUAUGAUGGAGAGUCUUGCACAGAUAUUGAUGAAUGUUUAUCAUCUCCAUGCAUGAAUCUUACUGGUUUCUUGAAGUCAUGCAACAACACUCCAGGAUCUUACGUCUGUAUGUGCGAGAACGGAAUUUAUAUAAACGGAAGAGGAUGUGCAGCCAACUCUGAACUGAAAAUCAGAUUGAAUGGUUCAAGUAACAAUAUGAGUGGAAGAGUGGAAAUCUAUCAUCCAACACUUGGCUGGGGCACAGUGUGCCAUUUCGGCAACAGAGCUUUUUUGAUUGCUGAAGGUAACGUCACCUGUCGUCAGUUGGGUUUCUCUGGAGCAAAGGAGAUCAGACACUGGGCUCACUAUGGCGAAGGAAGUGGUCCUGUAUUGCUUUCUCGUGUUCAAUGCUCUGGUGAUGAAUCAUUCAUCUGGGAUUGCAGUCAUAAUGGAUGGAAUAAUCCUCUCUCUAUCUGCGGCCAUGGUGGUGAUGUCGGUGUGGAUUGCUACUAA